AAAUUGCUGACAUACCGCUACAGCAAGCACCCUUGUCACCCAUGAUGAACCAAUCUCAUGCCCGGUGCGACCCAAGUCAGUUAGAUUUGGGCCUGGUCCUUGUGGUUGCCUAUCCUUCAACUCCCCCAUAUUUAAAGCAGCCAUUGCGCACUAAGCUCGGUCUUCCCCCCCGCUUAACACCUGCCCUUUGACAAUGUUUGGAACCCUACGCUACCUUACCAACAACCAGACCGGGGAGUUUCUCGAGCGCGAAUCUGGAGUGGUUGGAACUGCGCUAACCAAUAAACCUCGACACGCGGCUUGUGAUAAUUGCCGGGUAAAAAAGAUCCGCUGCAGUGGCCAAAGAGCAGGAUGUUCGCGGUGCAACACUCUUUCCCUCCCCUGCGAAUACACGCACGCUCCUGCGUGGAAAUGUAAGAAGAAGACAGCGUCCAACUCGCGACGAAUGAAUCAGACAAAUGACCACGGGAACUUUUCGGAAUCGAGCACGAGACCCGGUCGAUCCCCUCCCACAGUCGCUGCCCUCACGGCUGUGGUGCAGCCUUGCUCAUUGACUACGGAACCACUACUGCGUAUGCGGGAAGAGAAUUAUCCAGAGCUGGACAGGCAAAUGCAACAAAGAUCAGGAUAUUCUGACGCAGUUUUAGAUACAGCGUGGGAGCAAGUCUCAACGUGGUCUAGUUGCCUCGAAUGGUCGCCCGCAAAGGAGGUUACUUUUAUGCCGGAAUCCGAUUUUCCUAUAGCAGAAGAUCCACCACUCAGCCCAGAUUCACUGGUUCCUGGCUACCCUGCGCCGGAGAAUACUGCACAGCGGCAGCAGACGGUGCCUCCCAUCGUCGAUGGAUUUCCCCCCCCGGGUUUUCUUCUCACUCCACGGUUCAACUUGACCCACAAUAUUCGGUCAAGUAGUCAUACCUCCGAGAUUGCUGUGGAAGAGCAAUCUUCGUGCUCAUGCGUAAACUCUGCUGUCUUAUUGCUAGAUGAACUGCAGGCGCCACACCGUAACGGCGGCGGCUCUGGCGAGCAGAGUCUCGACUGCAUCCUCUCGAUUUACCAGGAGGUGCUCACCCUAAGCAAGCGCAUGAUCAGCUGCGACACUUGCCGAAGGAAGUCGGAGAAUAUGAUGGUCCUUACUAUGGUGUUGGAAAGAUUAGCCAUUCUGUGUAGGGAAGUGAUUGAUGCUUUUAUCGUCCAACGAGGAGCCAGUGUCAAUGUCAAUGCCAAUGUCAACCAGCCGCAGCGGUUGAUCUUGGGCGAGUACCAGAUCGAGGGCGGAGACUAUGAGGUCAUGAUGGGGAUGCUAGUGACGAGGCGCCUGUCGGAGUUGGAAGACCUACUAACCUGUAUGAGGACGAUCAGUGCUUCCACCCGCCGCCCUCACCAGCAGGCCAGAUUGAUGCGCGUUGGUCAGCAUGUUAAAGACUUGUUUUCAAAGCUAGCAUCUAUCUGUCCUUCGGUCACCGAAUGGAAGGUUGAUGCAAAUCGGUCACGGCUGCAAGGCGUAGGCAAUUGACUCCACUUGCCACCAGAGCAAAAUCAGUAGCAGGUACCGUGUUUUGAGAUAUAUGAAGAAUCUGUUGGUAUUUAGGACCC